AUGGCAGCCAGCUCUUCCCUCGACCACCUUUCCAACCGCAUGAAGCUGGAAUGGACUUCCAAGCUGAACACCGAGAUGGUUCCGGCGAAGAACUUCCGUCGUACCUCCAUCAUCGGUACUAUUGGUCCCAAGACCAACUCCGUGGAGAAGAUCAACCUUCUCCGUACUGCGGGUCUGAACGUUGUCCGCAUGAACUUUUCCCACGGUUCAUAUGAGUACCACCAAUCCGUGAUCGACCACGCUCGUGAGGCCGCCCGUGUGCAGGUCGGCCGCCCUCUCGCCAUUGCCCUGGACACCAAGGGCCCUGAGAUCCGUACCGGUAACACGGUCGGUGAUGCCGAUAUCCCCAUCAAGGCUGGCACCGAGCUCAACAUCACCACCGAUGAUGCCUAUGCCACCGCCAGUGACGACAAGAACAUGUAUCUUGACUAUAAGAACAUCACCAAGGUGAUUUCUGCUGGUAAACUCAUUUAUGUCGAUGAUGGUAUUCUUUCAUUCGAGGUGCUUGAGGUUGUUGAUGACAAGACCCUUCGCGUGAAGUGUCUUAACAACGGCAACAUCUCCUCCCGUAAGGGUGUGAACCUGCCAGGAACCGACGUAGACCUUCCUGCUCUGUCCGAGAAGGACAUCAACGAUCUCAAGUUCGGCGUGAAGAACCGCGUUGACAUGAUCUUUGCUUCUUUCAUUCGUCGUGGCAGCGACAUCCAGGCCAUUCGGGAGGUCCUAGGUGAGGAGGGCAGUGAAAUCCAGAUCAUUGCCAAGAUCGAGAACCAACAGGGUGUCAACAACUUCGACGAGAUCCUUGAGGAGACUGACGGUGUCAUGGUUGCCCGUGGUGACCUUGGUAUCGAGAUUCCCGCCCCUAAGGUGUUCCUCGCUCAGAAGAUGAUGAUUGCCAAGUGCAACAUCAAGGGCAAGCCUGUCAUCUGUGCCACCCAGAUGCUGGAGUCCAUGACCUACAAUCCCCGCCCCACUCGUGCUGAGGUAUCCGAUGUUGCCAACGCUGUCCUUGAUGGUGCCGACUGUGUCAUGCUGUCUGGUGAGACCGCCAAGGGCAACUACCCUUGUGAGGCCGUGAAGAUGAUGCACGAGACCUGUCUCUUGGCUGAGGUCGCCAUCCCCCACUUCAGUGUCUUCGAUGAGCUGCGUAACUUGGCUCCUCGCCCCACUGAGACUCCUGAGUCCAUCGCCAUGGCCGCUGUCAGUGCCUCUCUGGAGCUCAACGCCGGCGCCAUCAUUGUCUUGACCACCAGUGGUCGCACUGCUCGUCUGCUGUCCAAGUACCGUCCCGUGUGCCCCAUUCUCAUGGUCACCCGUAACGAAGUCGCAUCCCGAUAUUCUCAUCUGUACCGUGGUGUGUGGCCCUUCUUCUUCCCCGAGAAGAAGCCCGACUUCAACGUGAAGAUCUGGCAGGAGGACGUCGACCGCCGCCUCAAGUGGGGUAUCAACCACGGUCUCAAGCUGGGCGUCAUCAACAAGGGUGACCCCAUCGUCUGUGUCCAGGGCUGGCGCGGCGGUAUGGGCCACACCAACACCGUCCGUGUGGUCCCCGCCGAGGAGAGCCUCGGUCUGUCCAUGCAGUGA